UCUGAGGGAGGGGUCGUCCUGCGGGUGGCCGGAGGCUGAGGAGGCUCUGGAGACUGGGGUGAGAGAGAGAGAGAGAGAGAGAGAGAGAGAGCGCGCGUAAGGUGAGCCGAUCUGUAGGAGGGGACGCGCUGCCGGGCGCCCCCAGUCUAUGGAGCGGGGUAAGAUGGCGGAGGCGGAGAGCCUGGAGACAGCGGCGGAGCACGAGCGGAUCCUCCGAGAGAUCGAGAGCACCGACACGGCCUGCAUCGGGCCCACGCUUAGGUCUGUUUAUGAUGGUGAGGAACAUGGACGAUUCAUGGAGAAGCUUGAAACUCGCAUCCGCAAUCAUGACCGAGAAAUUGAGAAAAUGUGCAACUUUCAUUACCAGGGCUUUGUGGACUCUAUAACGGAACUGCUGAAAGUUAGAGGAGAAGCCCAGAAACUCAAAAAUCAAGUGACGGAUACUAAUAGAAAACUACAGCAUGAGGGAAAGGAACUGGUAAUAGCAAUGGAAGAGCUGAAGCAGUGUCGACUACAACAGAGAAAUAUUUCUGCCACUGUUGAUAAAUUAAUGCUGUGUCUUCCAGUCCUGGAGAUGUAUAGCAAAUUGAGGGACCAGAUGAAAACUAAAAGGCAUUAUCCUGCCCUGAAAACUCUGGAACAUCUAGAGCAUACCUAUUUGCCUCAAGUAAGCCACUAUCGAUUCUGCAAGGUGAUGGUGGACAAUAUCCCCAAGCUUCGAGAAGAAAUUAAGGAUGUUUCUAUGUCUGAUCUCAAAGACUUUCUGGAGAGUAUCCGCAAACAUUCAGACAAAAUUGGAGAGACUGCCAUGAAGCAAGCCCAACAACAAAGAAACUUGGAUAACAUCAUCUUGCAACAACCCAGAAUAGGUAGCAAGAGAAAAUCCAAGAAAGAUGCAUAUACAAUUUUUGAUACAGAGAUAGAAAGCACUAGCCCCAAGUCUGAACAGGAUUCAGGAAUUCUGGAUGUGGAAGAUGAGGAAGAUGAUGAAGAGGUACCUGGGGCCCAAGAUUUGGUUGAUUUCUCUCCUGUUUAUCGGUGUCUACACAUAUAUUCUGUCCUGGGUGCCCGGGAAACAUUUGAGAACUACUACCGAAAACAGAGGCGAAAACAGGCUCGUUUGGUGCUUCAGCCUCCGUCCAACAUGCAUGAAACUUUAGAUGGCUACAGGAAGUAUUUUAAUCAAAUUGUAGGCUUUUUUGUGGUUGAAGAUCACAUUUUACAUACAACCCAGGGCUUAGUAAAUAGAGCCUACAUUGAUGAACUGUGGGAAAUGGCACUUUCAAAAACCAUCGCAGCACUCCGUACUCACUCGUCUUACUGCUCUGAUCCAAACCUCGUGUUAGAUUUGAAGAAUCUCAUUGUGCUUUUUGCUGACACACUUCAGGUGUAUGGUUUUCCUGUAAAUCAGCUUUUUGACAUGCUGUUAGAAAUCAGAGAUCAAUAUAGUGAAACUUUGUUAAAGAAGUGGUCAGGUAUUUUCAGAAACAUACUUGAUUCUGACAACUACAGUCCCAUACCAGUAACAAGUGAAGAGAUGUAUAAAAAGGUGGUAGGACAAUUCCCAUUCCAAGAUACAGAGCUGGAAAAGCAACCAUUUCCAAAAAAGUUUCCAUUCUCUGAAUUUGUGCCAAAAGUUUACAACCAAAUUAAAGAAUUUAUCUAUGCCUGCCUGAAGUUUUCAGAAGAUCUUCAUCUAAGCUCAACUGAAGUUGAUGACAUGAUUCGUAAAUCUACAAACCUGCUGUUAACAAGGACUCUGAGCAACUCUCUGCAGAAUGUCAUUAAAAGGAAGAAUAUUGGACUUACUGAGCUUGUCCAGAUUAUUAUCAAUACAACACACUUGGAGAAAUCCUGUAAGUACUUGGAAGAAUUCAUCACCAAUAUCACAAAUGUGCUUCCAGAGACAGUCCACACCACCAAGCUCUAUGGCACCACGACUUUUAAGGAUGCCAGACAUGCAGCUGAAGAAGAGAUUUAUACCAAUUUAAACCAGAAGAUUGACCAGUUUCUACAGCUGGCUGACUAUGACUGGAUGACAGGAGAUUUGGGCAACAAAGCUAGUGAUUACCUAGUAGACCUCAUUGCCUUUCUACGUAGCACCUUUGCUGUAUUCACACACCUUCCUGGAAAGGUGGCCCAGACAGCAUGUAUGUCAGCUUGCAAGCAUUUAGCCACGUCCUUGAUGCAACUUUUGCUGGAAGCUGAAGUGAGGCAACUCACCUUGGGAGCAUUACAACAGUUUAACUUGGAUGUCAGAGAAUGUGAACACAGCAGACAGCACAAAGCUGUGAUCCUUCAGAGGGGAAAUGCACAAGAGUUUGCCAGAUCCGGCCCGGUGCCUGGGUUCCAGGAGGACACGCUGCAGUUGGCCUUCAUCGACUUGAGACAAGAGCCUGGGGGAGUGUGUUUGGAGCUGCUUAGUUUAUAGUCCUUGUCAACAUAAACUCUUCAUUCAUCUUCCCAUCUCUCUGAAGAACAGACAGAGGAGGUUCAUGGUAUCACAGAUGUCGUGCAGCAGACACAUACAGAGUCAAGCAGAAUUACAGUAGUCUCUAAACUGGAUAAAUUUAGUAACAUAUUUUUAAGUCAGUGAUUUAGGAGAAAAAAAUCUAUAGAUUAUCACGAGAUAGAAAAUAAGAUUUCAGUUUUGGUGGACAGUGUCUUUAAUAGGAAAUUUGUUGGAAUAUGCUCUUGCAUGUGGGAAUAUCUUCACCUCACCAUCCCCCCAAGUAUUAAGUUACUGAGAAUUGCAGCUAUUACAAUGAAAUUGCCAAGAUCUUCUCUGUUCUCUUAUCAAAUUAUCUGGAUGGCUGGGUUGUUUUGUUUUGUUUUCUUUAACUUCCCCCACUCCUCUCUCUGAAAUCUGCUGGAGCCCACAUUUUAUAUGAGAUUCUUUCCCAUUACACUUUACCGGUGUUUGAAAUCCUGUCUAGAUUAUUGGCCAUAAGGUAGGGAAAGGGAAUCUUUGAACUUGAUCUGUGUGGCAACAUAUUUUAAAGCAAUCUCUUCCAGCUUCACAGAGGUUGUACUAGUGACCCUCUGCUCACAAUUGUUGCUUUGCAUAAUCAAAACUGGGUAUGACUUCUGUUAUCCUACAGACUUGCUCCAAAGUGAAUUUUCAAAAGUCGAUUGCCGUUCUUUCGUAAUGCCCCAGUCAGGCUCACCUCACCCUAUGAUAUCAAUGAAAGCCCGACAGUCUCCAUGGACCACAGCAUUCCCCUUGGAUGUGUACACACACUUCAACUUCCCUUCAUAUGUCUACAUUUCUUUAAGGUAUAAUUAAAGAUACUGCUUUAUUAUUAUCUGUAAACUCUAUUAGUUAUAAACUUAAGGGGGAGCUCAGCCACUGUUACCCUUCUAAGACAAAGGAAUCUGGAAAGUCAUACUGGGGUGACACUAGCUGGAGCUAAAUUGUUCAGUAAAAAAUGGGCCGAUUAGAGCAGCCAGAAUGCUCCUACAUUGUGAAUGAGAGUGUAAAAUGAUAUUUACUUUGGAGAGUGGUUUUGUACUUUCUUAUGAAAGUAAACAAGUACCUACCUUAUAACCCAGCAAUUCCAGGCCCCUCAGGUAUUUAUCCAAGAUGAAAACAUAUGUCCACAAAAAGAUUUUAAAAAGAAUGUUCAUAGCAGCUGUAUUCGUAAUUGUAAAAGCUUGAAGCAUCCCAAGUGUCCGUCAAUAGGAGAAUGGAUAAACUGCAGUGUAUUUAUGCAAUGGAAUAUCAUUCUUCAGUAAAAAGAAACAACUGCUGAUACAUACAACAUGGAUGCGUUUCCGAAAGAUGAUACUGAAUGAAAGAAAUCUUACGCAAGAGUGAACAUAUUGCAUGCUGUUGUUUAUGUGAAAUUUCAGAACUGGUGACUAUCUACAGUAGUCAUGGAUCAAGCAAUACUAAGAUAAGGCGGGAAAAAAAUCAACAGUGGUUGCCUCUGGGGGGUAGGGACUGAGUGACAGAAAUAGUCUAUCUUAAUGGGGAUUGUGGUUACACAGGUGUAUGUAUUUGUCACAACUCAUCUAAACUGUAUACUUAAGAUUUGUGCAUUUCAUUAUUUGUAAAUUUUAUCUCAUAAAAAAGUAGAAUUGUAAACAAUUAUCAAACUCUGAUAUGCAUGAUAAAAUUGCCUGCAACUUACUUUUACCAAAAAACAGAAUAAUUGAUGAAUAUGUGUAUGAUAAAACAACUAUAGUAAAAUGUAAAUUGUAAAAUUUAGGGGAUAAGUAUAUAGUUCUUCAUUGUUAAAUUGUUUCAACUUUUCGGUAUGUUUGAAAAUUUUUAAAAAAUGUUGGUGGGGAUAGUUGGGAAGCGUUAAUAGCCACAGUGACAAGAAAAGCCAAGCUUAAAAUUUUCAGUGGAGUAAUUACUGUCUCAGUCUGUAUAUAUUAGGGCCUUCAAAUACUAUUAUUAUUAUUAUUAUUAUUAUUAUAUUCACUCAUUCACUUAUUCAACAAGCAUUUGUAGAAUACCUACUCUGCAUCAAGCCCUGGUCUAAGUGCUGGUAAUAUCAGGAUAGAAGAAACAUAAGCCCUUCCCUUAAAGAGUUCACAGUCUAAUAGGGGAGAUAAGAGGUGCUUCCAUGCUGUUCAUACUUAACUUUCUAGAAGAAAAACAUCCUUAUUUCCUUGCUUCUUUGUCUUAGUAGUCUGAGAACUUAAUAAGAAAUACUUGAAAGAAUACUAGGCCAUUUAGGUUUAAAGAAUGCAUAAGAAUCUAGUCAAAUGUAGGAUUUUAGUUGUAAAGUACUUAAAGACUCUAAAGGUGAAAUCUAGUGAGUGAACCAGCCUCCUCCUGAAAAUCUCAGGACAGAAAUUCCCAGAGGAUGUCCAUUUUUUAGAACUUAACACAGAACCGUGGGAAGAGUCUCAGUUGCCUGAAUGAGAUAUUUCUGUGCCCAUUUAACUUCAACUCUUCAGAGAGUCUUCAAAGAGACUGGAGUUGUAGGAAUCAGAAUGCUGUCUGGGACGAUGUGAUUCCUCCCCAUCAGCCUCAUACUGUCCUGUGACUGUGUAGGUUGUGGUGACUAGCCCAGCCCUAGAAUAUGGGGUGGAUGGAACAGAAGAAAUAACUCCUGCUUUGAUCUUCCUCAAGAUAAGGAGGCAUCCAUGUUUCAUUGAUCUUUCUAGGUCUUCCUAAUUCUACAGAAUUCACAAAUCCUGUCUCCAUAAAGAUCUUCUGUAGCUGACAGACACGUAAUUCAGGCUCUAUGUGUUAACAGGCCUUGUUAACACACGGUAUUCAGCAAAUGGUAUACAUCAGAAAAAUACAUUUCCUUCCUUGUUGACUUAAUGACCAGAGAUUCAUAGUGAUUUUUCAUUCUGCUAAGAUUGGGUUAGUCAGGAUCAACGAGUUUUAAUGAUUAAAUUUAGGCUCUAAUACAAAUGUAAUUUUUCCAUACCUACUAUUGCAGUUAGACAUUAAAUUCAUGAGAAAAAACAAUGUUCAACUUGAGAGCCAAGAAGAUAACUCAAGCCUGGGUUUAAAAACAAACAAACAAGAAAACCAUACUUAGUCAAACUGGGCCUUUUUUCUAAGAAGGAAGAUGUGUUUUAUUUUCUUUUUUUAAAGCUGUGCGACUUCUGAAAGAUGGAAAAGAUUCUGUGAAUAUUUUUCUCAGAUGUGACAAAUCCACGUUGGCAGUAGUAGCUUAUAUACAGACACUUUGAACAAUACCUGUUUCACUUGGCCUGUGUUGUGUCACAUAUGUGCUUUCCAUUUGUGGAGAGAAAAUUCUUUACACAGUCAUUUUGUUCAUAGAACAUGAUGAGAUGUGACAAGAGGGAGUCAGUCUAGGGACAGUGACUGGUUAUGCAGAACAAAGGAUAUUAAGGGUUACUUUAGGCCCAAAUUCCAUGAGCCUCGAGCCUGGAAUAAAUAAUUUCCAGAUAUUUGCUUUUACAUUCAGCCUCUUUAUGUUCACAGAUACACACAGUCCACACCAUCCAUAUAUUUAAGUGUUGAAAACUAUGGGAAUAGGUCUUUAAUGCAGUACAAAAUUUAGCACUAGAAGGGAUUUGAUAAUCAUCUUGCCCUGUGAUUCCCAGACUUGGUGGGCUUUAAUUACCUGGGAACUUCUAAAAGAUAGAUAGAUUUCGGAGCUGCAGUGAUUUUGAGUUAGCAGGUUGGGCAGGGGUAGUGUGAUAAGGGCUGGGGAUCUAUAGUUUUAUGUAAGCUUCCCAUGUGAUUCAGUUGAUCAGCCAGUUUUGAACUAUAUUCACCAGUACCCAUCAUCUGCACUCUCAGUUUUACAAAUGAGGCAACUAAUGCCCAGAGAAGUUAGGACUUGUCCAGAGUCCCAAAGCCAAAGCCAGAACUAGAACUCCAGUCUCCUAAUUUUCAUUCCAGUGCCUUUUCACUCUACCUUGAAGCAACAGUUGCAAAGACCAUCUGUUUCAUGCAUUUUCUUCAAACUGAAAUCACUUAAGUUCUUUAAACUUUAGUUACCUUAUCUGCCAAAUGUUAUCUUAGUUGCCUUAUUAGUUUCCUGUGGCUGCUAUAACAAAUUACCACAAACUUGUUGGCUUAAAACAACAGAAUUUUAUUUUUUAACAUUUCUGGAAGCCAGAAUUCCAAAAUCAAAUGUCAGAAGGGUCAUGCUCUCUCCAAAGCCUAUGGGGGAGAAUCCAUCCUUUCCUCUUGCAGCUUCUGGUAGCUCCAGGGGUUCCUUAGCUUGUGGCUUGCAUUACUCCAAUUUUUGCUUCUGUGUUAACAUGGCCUCUCUUCUUCUCCCCGUGUCUUCUCUUUUGUCUCUCAUAAGGAUAAUUGCCAUUGGAUUUAAGGCUCAUCUGUUUAAUCCAGGAGUGAUGUUUUCUUAAGACCCUUAACUAAGUUACAUCUGCAAAGAUCCUUUUUCCAGUUAAGGUCACAUUCACAGACACUAGCGAUUAGGACCUGGUCAUAUCUUUUGGGGGAUCAUCAUUUAAUCCACUAAAUUUUACCUUCAGCUUUAAAAAAUUCAAAUCCAUCCCACAUGCAAAACACAUUCACCCUACUCCAACAUCUCCAAAAGUUCAACCCAUUACAACGUUUACUCUAGGUCUGAAAUCGCAUUUAAAUGUCAGCUCAAAAGUCCCAAAUUUCACCACCUAAGUCAUCUGUAUCAGAUGUGGGUAGGAAUCUGGGUAUGAUCCAUCCUGGGGCAAAACUCCUCUCCAUCUAUGGCUCUGUGAACCUAGAAAAUAAGUUAUCUCUUUCCAGAAUACUAUGGUGGGACAGGCACAUGAUAGACAUUUCCAUUCCAAAAAGAAUACCAAAAUUAGGAAAUUUACUAUUAGGAAAGUGUGCUCCUGGGAAAAAGGGAAGAGUGUGCCUGGACAACCUUUGCUGAAGAGAUUCUGUAUGUGACCCAUUGAUGCAUUCAACCAUCUCAGCAGAAGCCAGAAAUAGAAGUGGGUUAACCAGGAAAGAUCUAUGGUGGGCCUUCUUUUUUUAAUGGUAUUUCACCCCUGGGUAGUGGGUAUAAAUCUAGAUUGUGCCAAUGGUAAUCAAGAGUAGAUUGAUGAGUUGCAUGUUUUUUAUGAAAAUAAUCCCCCAGCAGUCCCCCCCCCCACCAACCAACACACACACACACACACACACACACACACACACACACACAGAGAAUUGAGCAAGAAGAAAGAAUGUCUACAUAAGGCAACAGUGGCAGACAUUUCACCCUUGUUUAUAUAAAUACAGUUAAAUAAAAUUGUGUAAUUUCCCAAAAUAGCUAAAAUCCCUUCUGUGGCUCCAAUGCCCUUCUUCCCUUUCCUGUGCCCUAAUAUUAAUCAGAUUGAGAGAUUAAUACAACACGUUUAUGUGGUGAGGGGAUUAAUAAAGAGGGAAAAGUUGAUUCUAGAGAGAAAGAGGGGAUAAUUGCAGGAACAGUGUUUUUUAGUAGACAAAAAGGAGUAGGAUUAGUGCACAAUUGAAGGAGCAAGGAUAGUUCAUUGAUUAUAACAGAGGAAGAAGCAGAAGGUAUGGGUACGGAUGCAAGUGCUAAUAGAUUUGGUGGUGAUAAAAUGGAAUAAACAAAAAUAGUUGUCUAAUGUUGAUGUUGAUCAGGUAUAAAGUUAUUUAAGCUUUACAUUU